UGAAGAUGGUUCAGACACUAGAUCAGUAUGUGUUUCUUCAUGAUGCUGUGCUAGAGGCAAUCAUUUGUGGGGAAACAGAGAUACCAACUGAGAAUUACAUGUCAACAGUACAGAAACUGAAGGCAAUUAAUCCAAAGACACGCAGUACAGGAAUGGCAGCACAGUUUGGUUUACUGCAGCAAGUGACUCCUGAUCCUAAUGAUAUACACUGUAAUUCUGCCAAAGCUCACGCCAGCAAGAACAGAUCAAAUGAAUACCUACCACCUGACAAGUUUAUUGUAGCUCUUAAAGAAGCCAAUGGCUACAUUAAUGCAUCAUAUCUUAAUGGUUACCGUGAGAAGAGGGCAUUCAUUAUAGCUCAGAGUCCUAUGGAAAAUACUGCCAGAGACUUCUGGAAGAUGAUAGUGGACUAUAAAGUGUCUGCUAUUGUCAUGCUCUGUGGAGAAGAGGAUUGUUCUUUUCCAUAUUGGUCAACUCUCGAAAAAUUUGGAGAGUAUUAUGUAGAAGUCACUAAUGAGAUAAAAUCAAAUGGUUACACCGAAAGAAUGUUUAAGGUGUCCUCUGAAAAAGAAAGCAGAAGUGUAUUGCAGUUGCAAGUGACAGAUUGGCCUCAAGAUGGAAUUGUUAGGGAACCACGUACUGUCCUACAAGUUAUUGAUGAUGUUAUACACAGACAACAAAAGAUUGGAGGAGGACCAGUAGUGGUACACUGUAGUGAUACAGUGAGUCGUUCAGGAGUGUAUUGUUCAGUGAGUAUUGGUCUAGAACAGUGUAAGGCAGAAGGUGUAGUGGAUGUGUUUCAAGUGACUAAAGCUGUGAGAAGGAGUAAACCAGGAGCUGUGACUACACUGGAGCAGUAUACUUCCAUAUAUGAUGUGAUUGACAUGUACCUUCAGAUGAACAGCAUGUAUGGAAACUUCUCAAUUAACAAACAGUAAUAAUAAUAGUUAUUUUUACUGUAUCUUUUACUGUAAUUUUUAAGCGAAUUUUAUACUAUUGUGUAUUCCUUUUACAUACAUUUUCUGACAGUAGUUUUAAUUUUUAAUUGUUAUUUUACAUUACGUGACAUGUUUUUUUUAUAAAAUUAACUAUUAAUUUUGCAGU